GUGAUUGUACUUUCACGGAAUGUAUUCCGUGAUGUACGACAGCCGUCAGAUGAGGGACUUAUUUGAUCUGACGGUUGAGAUUGAUCUAGGGGUAAUUAGGGUUAAAAAGUAGAAACGUACCCUGACACUCAUUUAAUGUACCCCGAGACCCAUCUAAUGUACCACGGAAUACAUUCCGUGAAAGUACAUCACGGAAUACAGUUUCUCUCUCUAGAUUUUUCUCGUUCUCUGUCUCAAUUGUAUGGCCGCCAAUUCCAGUAGCCGAGGGAUCACCAGCUUAGGGAAGCGAUUCGUCGACCAGAUCUGGACUCGCGAUCCUUCUCGACUCUCUGCUCCCAUUCUCAGUUUUUGUCAUUGCUGUGUGCCAUUACUGUACAUUGGAUGUGACCAACCCUGGUUUUUGUUGAGUGAGGAUGUGGUGGAUUUUCGAUUUGACCACUUAGCUGAAGACGAAAUUGAAGGACGUUACUUAAUUUUCGUGGAACUUCAGUAUUUUAUUGAGUUAGGAGCGUUGUUUGAAGAUGUUAUAGCUUUAUUGUCUAAAUUUCCGGGGGCAGUUUUGUCCCAUGGGGCUCGCUCUAAGAUUUUAGCGGCCCAUGGUUGGCAAAGCAUGCUCUGCGGUUAGACGAUGAGCUAUCCUGGUUCGAGGAGGUUCCAGCGCCGGUGGCGGACGUGGGCGUCGUAAAUUCAUGAGUGAUUUUAAUCACUUUGUCAAAAAAAAAAAAAAAAAAAAAAAAAAAAAUACUAAUUGUAUAUAUAGGCGAGAGUACCCACAGCAGAGAGGCCAGAUGACCAAAUCUUGUUAAGAAUAUUUUUAUACAUUUGUCUCGUUCAUAUACAUCUACAUAUAAUGUAUAUAUGCCAUUUUGUUUUA